AUGGAAGCCUCUUCCCUCAGUCCAGUCCCGCGACCACGGGUCUGGAGCCUUGUACGGCAGCGAUUCAAAGAAAGCUUGCAUGAUGAGAGUGACCUGGAGAUCUGCAUGGAGACCUUCUCCCUUGACAUCCUUUUGUCACAACUCAAGAGCGUGGCGAAGGCUCACCGAAACGAAAACUCUGCUGGCAAGUCUAUCCCGAUUUCGUCCAAGCCUAAUUCAUUGCCCCGAUACUGUCGAACGCUUCUAAGGAGGUAUGCAUUGCAGCUAUUGGCACCCUUGGAAGAAAUCUUUAGCGAGGUCCAGGUUGUGCUCGAAGAGUUGAUUGCAGCACUGCCAGGGAUCCAUCCCUUUGAGGAUAACAUCAUUCUGGAUGAAAGAUUGGAGACUACCGUGGUUGACCUGUAUACUGAGCUGGCGUUGUUUUGUGCACGUGCUAUCAGCUUCAUUCGCGUGCGGCGUCAGCAUUUGCUUCCAAUUCGGCAGUCAUGGCCGCAGUUUAGUCGUGAUUUUCAACAAAGCCUCAAGCGAAUCCAGAUGCUAUCACAACAAGUGGAGCGGGAGACUCAACGCGCAGCUACUACAGCGGCCCUAAAAUGGAACAAUGAAAUGAUCACCUUAUUUCAGUCAUUAAAUACUGGCCAUAAACACCCUGGUCUAGAGAUACCUUGCUUUCACGUUCCUCUGACAUUAAAUGACCGCUUCUAUGUCCGUGAAGGCCUGUUGGAUCAUAUCGCUGAUGUCCUAAACCCUAAAGUUGGCCGCUCUGGCCCACGUACCUUGGCGUUGUAUGGGAUUGGUGGAGCAGGGAAGACUCAGGUAGCCUUACAAUAUACCUAUCGUACACGGGAACAAUAUGAUGUUGUUCUUUGGAUAUCCGCGGAUAGUACCGUUAAAAUGGCACAGGACUACAUGGCUGUCGCACGACGCCUCGGUGUGAUUCCCGCAACACUGGAGACUCAGGAUGCGUUCGGGGCCAUGACCAAAGUGAAAUCUUGGCUCGCGGAUACAACAUGCUCCUGGCUUCUGAUAUUCGAUAAUGCAGACAACUUGGAAGUUCUAGACUAUGGCUGGCCACAUGGUGUGGUAGGGUCUAUCCUAAUAACAACCCGCGAUUUCAAUGCCAGUUUGCACCCCGCAUCACAGGGUAUCUAUGUGAAUGCCUUUGACGCCAGGAUGGGUACCGAAGCUUUGCAGCGCCUCCUGGGGCCUAGCUAUGACUAUCCCAAUAAUGCCCUAUUAAUUGCUGAGCCCAAUAAGUUACUGGGGGGUUUACCCCUUGCCUUGAGCCAAAUGAGCAGCUACGUCCGGCAGCAGAAGAUGGCCCUAAAGGACUUCCUCGUCCUUUACCAGAACAACCAGGAUAAGCUGCACAAGAGACGCCCAGCAGCUUUUGAUUACCAGCACACAAUUGCAACGCUCACUGGCAAUGCAGCCGUGCUACAACGCCUACUGGCCUUUCUUGACCCCGAGGCUAUUGACGAGGCUACAUUAUACAACGCCGCCUCUGCACUUUCCAACCAGACCCAGUUUAAUGACUCUAUCCUAAUGUUCCUGCCGGAUCCCAUUGACUUUGAGGAUGCCAAAGCAGAGCUCCUCCGGGCCGCAUUGAUAGACCGUGACCCACGUAGCAAAAGCAUUUCUGUCCACCGUUUGGUUCAACAAGCGACGCUUUCAGGGCUUUCCCCCGCAGAUAAAGCUCGCUACUUUGAUCUGUGCUCCCAGCUUCUAUGCCAGGCCUUCCCAAGUUCAUGGACCGACCAGGAGCAUGUUUGGGUGUAUCAUGCCUGGGAAGCUUGUGAGAAAUGCUUGCGGCACGUAAUGUUCUUGGCGGAGAGGUUUGCACAGGUUGAGGGAGGAUUAAAAUGUUUGGAUACGUUUAUUGAGCUUCUGCUUCGAUGUUCAUGGUAUUUAUAUGAGGCUGAAUACUACGAGGAAAGCCAAAACCUCCUCCACGUCUGCCUGCAAGCCUUAGAACGGAAGGGAGACACGAACUCUAGCAGAUAUGCACAAGCUCGCAACAUGAUGGGGUUAGUACAAGUCGACCUUCGGGCAAAUACUAAAGCUUUGCAAAACCUGAAGAAAGCAUUGGAGAUACGGGAGGGUAUACUGCCACCGACCGACUGGGGAAUGGGAGUCAGCAUCAGUAACGUAGGCUUCGCGUAUACAGAGCUAGGAGACCUGACACAAGCAAUGAAUUACCUCCAGCGAUCACUAGAGUUCCGAAAGGCAAUCAACUGCCGAAUGGUGGACAAUUCCUACGCUAAUAUUGCCAGUUGCCUUUUGCGAAUGGGAAAGCCAAACGAAGCCGAGGCCAUGUAUACUUCCGUUCCAGAUGUCCGCGAUUUAACGGAUGAGCAACUUCUACGAGAUAAUCUACCUCGAUAUGCCAGUGGCAUGCAGCUACUGAGUAUGGUGCGACAGGCUCAAGGCCGACUAGACGAAGCAUUAGACUUUGCCUCCAAAGUCCUUCAGUUCAGGCGACAGAAAUUCGGCUCUCGCUUCAAGACUUGUGAUUCUCUGUGCCAUGUUGCCAAACAUAUGUUACUGACGAAGAAUUCUAUGGCUGCUCUACAGCUUCUCGAUGAAUGUAUUUCGAUUGCUAGCAGCUUACCAAAAGCGGAUGGUUAUCUUGCCCUAGCGUAUUUCCGAAAGUACAAGAUCUAUAAAGCUGAGGGUCAUGUAAAUGCAGCGGAUUGCUUGAGAGACGCUAUUCGUGCAAAGGAAGCCACCGCGGGUCGUCUGGGGAGUGAUUAUGAUGCCAACCUUGCGGACGAUGACGAAGCAGCAUAUACACAGCUAGUGGCGUGGUUACUUUGGUAA